GAUGUUUCAUUUUGAUAAAGCUGGCAAGGCGAUUUCAGUUCUCUCGCCCUGUUUUCACGUAAAGUUCGUUCCUGAAGUUUGUUCUACCUAUCCCGCGUGAAAUCCAGCAGAUUCAAUUAUUUUAUUAUAAUUCCGCUGCUUCGUUCCUCUGUGGGUUUCGAAAUCGCCACCGUUUACCUUCGUUGCAGUCCAGUCCGCAUAACUCCGGAAAACAACGAAAUCUUGUCCUGGUAACCAUGGCCGGAGCCAAAUUCGACGUGAACAAGUACAAAACCUUCUACGAGUGCGACGAGCACUGGGAACUGCGCCGGAUGUUCAUGGAACGCCACAAGGAUCGCUUCUCCGAGGACGAGCUGGUUUGUCUGGCGCAGGUUUUCACCAACGUGGAGUUCUUGGGAUGUCGCUACCCGGCGGAAACGAUGACCCUCAUUGCGGAACUUUCAAAGGAUGUGGCAGCAGAGUAUCGGCAGUCGCGCGAAACCAAGUUGAAGCGGACGUUUGUGGCGGCUUCGGAUGCGGCGGCAUCGAGAUAUACUAAGAAAUAAAUAUAUUUAGGUACAUUGGUAUUUAGAUUUUCGAAGAUUAGGACAAAAAGAGUGUAAGAGUUUGAAUGUAUUCUUUAAAUACUGCACAUUUAUUUUUCAAUCAUUGUAAUGAUUCUAGGAUAAUUUAGUGACGUACCUUUUUCACUUGUAAAUUUCAUUUUUGUAAAAUAAAAAAAUAUAUUUAAAUAAAAA